GCCAGACCGCCUUCUUCCUGGUCACAAGUCGCCGUGCUAUGAUGUUCGUUCCUCGCACCUCAGAACAGACAAAUUUGCGUGUAGCGCUGACUCGAAUGUACCUAAGUUUUUCCGAUUUUAUGCCACUCUAAAAUAGCACUCAAGACACGCAUCACCGACGACGUCAGGCUCGACGUCAUAGCCAGAGAUGCUAUAUAUAAGAGGAAUGCUUGGUUCAAUUUACAUCACUCAUUCCAACCGUCCACAGAACCUAGACGCACGUCUUGUAUCAUCUUUAACCAACCAACAAGCACUAUAUAAGAAUCUACCAAGAUGCGCAUGUGGCCCCGCGGGCACCGGCUGCGCUUGCCCUAAGAAUAAAUGCAACUGCGACAACUGUGUCAACAAGCAACACUCUUCGCAGUGCGAGUGCAAAGGUACCGGUGACAGCUGCGCCUGCAUCAAUCAGCAGCAGGCGUGCGACUGCAAAACGAAGUAGUCGUCUCCUCUCGGCCCAGGAUUUGAAGAAGAUGU